AUGGCCAGCGAAACAUCACCCCGUACCGUCCGCUUCUCGCAGACCGAAGACGACCAGUUUGUGCGGCCCGAGAGGUUCAAUGGCCGUGCGAUAGCGGUGCCAUCUGACUCGGAGCUUGCGGUAUCAUCGGGAGAUCUGCAUUUGCUUACAGAUCGCCAUUUGCUAGAACAGCAUGACGAACUUGGCUCUCUGGCUCGCUAUGCCGACGCUCCAGUCCACUCCGGCAUCAUGCAGCCACAUCCUUCCACGGGCCUCGCGAACGGCGCGGCCAGUCGCCAACGUGGCACGGCCGACUCGGCUCACUAUGGGAAUGGCGCUACGCCACGACCUCAACGCCCCACGGGACCUGCUAGAACACCUUCGAAUACCUACCAGCCAUAUACCGCGCGAAGGCCACAACAGCCCCCACCCUCGUCCUACAUAGGAGCUACUCCAACUCACCCCCGAGACGGAUCGCGACCACGACCGUUGGCAGGAAGCUCGACGUUCCGAGCCCAGGAGCGAGAGUACGUCCGAAGGUUACGCCAGCAAGACCACGGUAACAGCGACUACUUCGACGCUUACGGCUCUGGCGAGCAGUACGAUUCAGAUUCCGAGGGCGAAACCCCAUCUUCAGAGGGUCCAUUCGACAGCUACGAAGAUGCGCACAUCAUGUUUGUCAACAGCGAAGAGAGUCAGAUCACAGAAGAGGACCUAAGGGAUCCCCAGAAUCGGGAGCGGUUAGAAUGGCACGGCAUGCUCGAGGCGGUACUGACUGGCGAUGUUGUCCGCCAGGAGAAGAAGCGUCUUAUCGGUUCGGCGGAUGAGGAAGCAGGGAGAAGCGCUCACAAGGCUGAGCUAUGGUUGGCCAUCCGUGCAAAAAUAUGCGACAGACACUUGCCGGUUCAAAAGAGGAUGACCGAGGAGGCUCAGGCGGGCUUGGACCGCUUGGUCAAUGAGGUCAUCAAUUUCUCCAUUGCUGGGCAGAGUGAGGCCGGAAAACCUCCCAUCGGCCAGGUCCGCGACGCCAUCGCCAAGAUUGACAAGAUCGAGAGUCUUUAUCCCUCCAGCACGGCCCUCGUUGCGGCGCUUAAGCCCGGGGCCUAUGAGGCGUACGAGGAGACAUGUGAAUCUGUUAUAUCUUGGUACAACGUCAACGAAAUGAUCAACACGGAAUUGUCAAUCUUGAAGAGAUGGGUUGGCAAUGAAGCCCUCGAUUUCCACAAGCCAGGUGGCGGAAACGGUCUGGGCGAUGAUACCUCGUUCAUGGACCGUCUCUUGAAGGAAGAGGGCCUCAAGUCGCUUCAUGAGGACAAUGGUGCUGAUGGCAAAAAUCUCAGGAGGAGGAGCAUGCUGGACGGAAUCUCGCGAGUUAUCGAAAAGGCGAAGCGCACCCUGAUCGACAAGGCCCAGGGCUUUCAAAAGCGCCAUCUCCCCCCUUAUAUCGAGGAGCUGCUCACCUUGAUCAGCUUUCCGUCAAGACUUAUUGAGGAAAUCAUCAAGGUGCGGCUAGCUUAUGCCAAAAAGAUGAAGGACUCGGCACAGCAGAACCCUCUGAUGCAAGACCAGAUGAUCUCACAAUUCCAAAUCAUCUUGAAACUUGCCAUCAAAAUCAGGUCCGAGUACAUGAUGAUCUCAGCACCAGAACCUUGGUGGGAUUUACCCCCUUGCAUCGACGAAGAUUUUGACAGGGUCAUUUUGGAUGCGCUCAAAUACUACUUCAAGAUGCUGAACUGGAAGCUCAGCGGGAACAAGAACACCUUCAAGGAGGCAGAAUUGCUGUUUCAGGAGUGGGAGUUUGGAAACGAAAUUGGCAGUCAUCUCACGCGCGGAGAUAUUGAGGCUGCUGAACAGUUCAGUUCACUGACCUUCAAGGCCUUCAACCGACUUCACCAGACCUUUGAGAAAGAACUGCAGAGGAAACCCAAAGAGAGUGUGACCGAGAUGACGAAGCGGUACAAGCAAACUCUGGACUCCGUUCGUGUGCGUCAGAGAAUGCUGCAGCGCUUCUCCAGGAUGCUCAGCGAGAAUUACGAAAAUGCCUGUGAUUUCACCAUUGCCUGGGGCCCAGAAAAGCUCCAAGACCUCUAUGAUCGGCUGAUGGACACGCACCACUUCCAAGUUUACACGGGCAGCCCCGAACACAAAGGCAUCCACAUCAUCGCAUCGCCUUCGUUAGCAAACCGCCCGGACGUGAUCCAGCGUCUUAUGGGCACCUUCUCCUACGAUGUCAUCGCAGAAGACCCCGCAGAACCCUACCUCCUGAUCAUCAAGGCUGAAAACGCACCUAACUGGUUCGGCUCCAAGCUUAGCUUGUCAGUGCGGGAAGAACCACUCGAUAUCAAGUUGGGCCACAUGAGACUCAUUGCGGGUGGUUCACAACAUGUCUUGGUGAACGCAAGAAAGGCGUUUUUGGAGACGAUUGAUAUGCACAUUGACAUUGUGGUCGAACAGAGGUCAACUUUGCACAAGGUGAACCUUCGCCUCAUGGAGAUCCGCAAAGUUGCUUUCAAGCUGUCAAAUGCCUUCAUGGACAGUGUGGAGACAAUUCGACGGCAGACCAAGGGUCUGAACUGUCAGGAGCUCAUACAGACCUGCUUCAUAUUCGCUACUGAGUUCGGUCAGCGCUCCUUGCUGUACAUGGACAACAACCGGAGGACGAUGAACAACAUGAAGCUUACCAAGCUGGCGCUGGACUGGGUUAGCUUUAUCUGUGAUGACUGCGUUCCCUCUGAUCGCAAGACGUUCCGCUGGACUGUACAGGCGCUUGAGUUUGCCAUGGUCAUGACCAGAGGCAAGCACAUGCUAGCGCUUGGCGACGAUGAAUAUGUCAAGUUACGGACCAAGGUUGCUGGGUGCAUGGCUCUGUUGAUUUCGCAUUUCGAUAUCAUGGGCGCCAGGUCAAACGUUGCGGCCCAGGCUGAGAAACAGCGCAUGGAGACGCUUAUCAGCCAGAUGAAGCGACUGAACAAGGGCCAGAUUAUGGAUGACGAAAUGGCCGCGAGCUGUGUAACAGAGCGCCGCCUUGAGGAGCUGGUCAAGGUUGACGAUAUUCGAAAGCAAAUCCUUGUAGAACGGUCAGCAAUGGGCCGAGUCUUGGAGGUGUCAAACGAGGUCGACCGCUCGCUCGCCUGGCUCUCAUCAACAGCCAACAACUUUACCAUCCGCUGGCAACAAGGGCAGUUUGUCGGCGGUGGCACGUUUGGCAAUGUCUACGCUGCCAUGAACCUUGACACAGGCCAGCUUAUGGCGGUGAAGGAGAUUCGCCUGCAAGACCCCAAGCUUAUUCCCAACGUUGCUCAUACGAUUAGGGACGAAAUGCGCGUUUUGGAAUCUGUGGAUCACCCCAACGUUGUAUCGUACUUUGGUAUUGAGGUACACCGCGAUCGUGUCUACAUGUUUAUGGAGUUUUGCUCAGGUGGCUCGCUUGCCAACUUGCUGGAGCACGGGCGUAUCGAGGAUGAGCAAGUCAUCAUGGUGUAUGCUCUGCAGCUUCUCGAGGGUUUGGCGUACUUGCAUGAGUUGAGGAUCGCCCACCGUGAUAUCAAGCCAGAGAACAUCCUCCUUGACCACAAUGGCAUCAUCAAAUACGUCGAUUUCGGCGCCGCCAAACUGAUCGCUCGCCAGGGCCGAACACUCGUGCAAGACAUCACCAGCACGAAGCCCAACAAGUCCAUGACUGGAACGCCCAUGUACAUGUCUCCCGAGGUGAUCAAGGGCGAGAACCCGGGCCACUUUGGUGCCGUUGACAUUUGGUCCCUCGGCUGCGUCAUCCUCGAGAUGGCGACUGGGAGACGCCCCUGGGCCAAUCUCGACAACGAGUGGGCCAUCAUGUACAACAUCGCCCAGGGAAACCCGCCGCAACUCCCGACGUCGGACCAGCUCAGCCCGCAAGGGAUUGACUUUUUGAGGAGGUGCUUCGUGCGCGACUCGAAGAAGAGGGCGACAGCGAUUGAGCUGCUGCAGCACGAGUGGAUCAUGACGAUUAGGAACCGGGUCGUGGAGCCCUCGACGCCUAGUAGCGAUGCGAGCAGCACACAGAACACGCCAACUACUGCGUCUGCUUCCACGAAGGGGAGUGCCGGGCCGGAUGGGUUUUACUGA